AUGGUAAGCACGGCUAAAGCUUUAUCAUUUACUGUGCAAUCGGAAUGUACAUUUACAAAAGCUCGUUCUGGUCUUAUGAAGUUACCACAUUAUGAAGUUAAAACACCAGUAUUUAUGCCAGUUGGUACACAGGGAACUAUGAAAGGAUUGUUGCCAGAUCAAUUAGAAAAUUUAAACUGUGAGAUUAUACUGGGAAAUACUUACCAUUUAGGGAAUAGGCCUGGUAUUGAAGUACUAAAAAAAGCUGGGGGACUUCAUAAAUUUAUGGGUUGGAAUAGAGCUCUCCUUACUGACUCUGGAGGUUUUCAAAUGGUUUCAUUGCUUAAAUUAGCUGAGAUAACUGAGGAAGGUGUUAAAUUUAGGUCACCAUAUGAUGACACUGAAAUUAUGUUAACUCCAGAAAAAUCUAUAGAAAUUCAGAAUUAUAUAGGAGCAGACAUUAUAAUGCAACUCGAUGAUGUAGUACAAACCACAUUUCAAGAUUAUGAUCGCAUCAAAGAAGCAACAGAAAGAACAAGCCGAUGGCUUGACCGUUGUUUAAAAGCACACAAAAAGCCUGAUGACCAAAACAUAUUUCCGAUAGUACAAGGCUUAUUAAAUCCUGAACUUAGAAGGCAAAGUGCUCAAGAACAUAUGACAAAAAAUGUUAAUGGUUUUGCAAUAGGAGGCCUUAGUGGAGGAGAGGCUAAGGAUGAUUUUUGGCCAAUGGUCAGUCUUGGCACAGAAAUAUUAGACAAAAAUAAGCCACGAUAUCUAAUGGGAGUUGGAGUACCGAUUGAUCUGGUUGUAUGUGUUGCUCUCGGAGUGGAUAUGUUUGAUUGUGUGUACCCAACUCGUACAGCUAGAUUUGGAUGUGCACUUGUAAACAAAGGCCAGCUGAAUUUGAAACAGAAAAUUUAUGAGACUGACCUAAAUCCUAUUGAUACUAAUUGUGAUUGUGCUACAUGUAAAAACUAUACAAGGGCUUAUUUGCACUGUAUUGUCUCAGUAGAAACAGUUGCUUGUCAUCUUAUAUCUGUACAUAAUAUUGCCUUUCAGAUGCGUCUAAUGAGGACCAUGAGAGACAAUAUAGAAAAAGGCACCUUUCCACAAUUUGUUAAGGGUUUUAUCUCUGAAAUGUAUCCUAACAAAAAUUACCCAACUUGGAUUAUAAAUUCUUUGAAUUCUGUUGGAAUUAAAAUAAUUGAAACU